AUUAUAACUGGCGCGGGGGUGGAAGCGAAGGAAAAUGAUGGCGUUUCUUCAGAUACCUUCCUCUCUAUCUCUCGCUCUCCCCUCACCAAGUAAGUCGCGUAUUGUCCCGACGUUAUCCAAGAUGGUGUCGUCUCGCCUCUCUCCCCAACCUUCUGUAUCGCCAAUAUCAGCCGACCCCAGGAGAUGCAUCUCCGAAAUUCAUGCGAAAUCUUUCAAUUCUGUGCUGUCAGGAGCCAUCGCACUUGGAUUAUUUCUUGGAGGAAUUGGACUGGCUGAGGCAAAAGUUGGAGUAAACAAGCCAGAAUUGCUCCCUAAGGAUUUUAGUACUGUCAUUGAUGUUGCCGGCUUCCUCUCUGAUGGCCAGGAGAAAAGGCUAGCUCAAGAGAUAGCUUCUCUUGAAAAGGAUACAGGAUUCAAGUUGAGAGUUUUAGCUCAAAACUAUCCUGAAACACCAGAACCAAGCCUGAUAGUGAAACCGCCAAUGUAUCCCACAGGUUUGGCAAUUAAAGAUUUUUGGCAGGUGGAUGACAGAACUGUUGUCUUUGUGGCUGAUCCCACAUUUGGGAAUAUAUUGAAUUUCAAUGUUGGCGCUACAGUAGAUUUGGACAUCCCGCGUAUUUUUUGGAGCCGCUUGGCAGGGAAGUAUGGCAACAUCUUCUAUUGGAAAGAGAAGCAGGGGGAAGAUGCAUCUAUUGAAGCAGCUGUGGCGGCAAUCUCUAAUUGCUUGAGAGAGCCUGUGGGCCCGAGUAAUUGCUCUGAGGUGAAGUAAUUAUGCCAUGGACUAAAGAGGCUACGUUCUCUAUCAAUUUGAUGCAUCAAGACAAUACUUUUUAGCCAGCUUGUUGUCCCUACUUAGGUUGUACAGCCAUGACUUAUAAGUUAAAACUACUCGAGAAAAUUUGUAUUAUGGUUUAUUCAUAUUGAGUACGAUGAAAUUAUGUAUUUAAUAGUUAAUACAAAUGGAGUUAUGGAAA